AGCAUGUUAGUUUCUCAUUUCUUCCCAUAUCGAAUAGCAUCAGUUCAUAAUAUUUGUGUUGAAUCAUUUUGUUUGUAUAAUUUGAAGAGAAAAAUGGGUGGUUUUGCAAAAGAAGUAGAGGUUAGUACAUCACUUCCCCCAGCCAAGGCAUUUAAGGCAUUUGCUGAAGAUCUGGACACCCUAUUGCCCACAGUUGCCCCACAAGCAAUCAAGAGUGUGGAGCGCCUUGAAGGAGAUGGUGGCCCUGGAACUAUAAAGAAGAUCACCUUUGCUGAAGGGUAUGGAUUCAGUUAUGCGAAACACAGGGUUGAUGUGUUGGACAAAGACAACUUCUUGUACACUUACGUUGUGAUCGAAAGCGACUUUUUUAACAACACGGUGGAGAAAAUCAGCUACGAGACAAAGUUUGUAGCAGCAGCAGAUGGAGGAACAAGUAUUAAGGUAACUACCACGUUUUACACCAUUGGUGACAAUCAGAUUACUCCAGACCUAAUGCUCCAAAUCAAGGAAGCAUCCGAGAAGCGAGCCCUUAUUUUGAAGGCUAUUGAAAAUUAUGUGUUGGCAAAUCCCGAUGUCUGAUUUGUCUUACCCAAAAAACUGUAUUUGAUUUGGGUAGUAACUCGUUUGUCUCUCUGGAUUUCAUCAUUUCUAUUUCCAUUGUAAUAAAAGUCUUUUCAGUUGUUAUCAUCUUUCAUAUAUACUUGAAACCAAUGUUUUAUGGUUCAUGACACUAACACACUUAUUAUUUGUAAACCUCUAGCUUUUGUUUGUGUUUUUAAGGUUGGAUUUAUAGUUUUGUUAAUUACUUAUGUACUUUUUCAUGUUUCUAUAUAUGGGAUCUUUUGCUUGGUUACUAAA